AUGGACCGAAGGCAUUUAUUUCGGUUCUUACUGAAUGACAAUCGGCCAAACCCUCCACAGGAUACGGAUACCGCCAAUGAACAUGGUGCUGUGGGUGAUGAGAAUGUGGAACGGGGUAACUGGUCUUCGAAGACUGAUUACCUGCUCUCAAUGAUUGGUAAUGCAGUGGGUUUUGGGAAUGUUUGGAGAUUUCCUUACCUGGCUUACAAAAACGGAGGAGGUGCAUUCCUUAUUCCCUAUUCUGUCAUGCUGGCCCUUGUUGGGAUACCAUUGUUUUUCUUGGAGUGUUCCUUUGGUCAGUUUGCCAGCCUUGGGCCUGUUGCAGUGUGGAGGGCUGUGCCUAUGUUACAAGGUGUGGGGAUUGCUAUGAUGCUUCUGAUUACAAUGUCCAACAUUUCGUACAACUGCAUCGUUGGCUACAGUCUAUACUACCUGUUUGCUUCCUUCCAAUCACCCCUACCAUGGGCAGACUGCUUCAGUUGGUGGGGAGCAGAUGAAACAUGCAGCAGGACCCCCAAAGAGACUCUCUGCAAUCUCACUCUGACUGAUGGAUAUUUUGAAAUCGUUAAUAUAACACAGCUGCAGGAAAACAAUGGAUCUUGUCCAAAUGGAUCAGAAAUCUCCAAUCCUCACCAGGGCCCGAGUGAGCAAUACUGGGAUAAAGCAGUUUUACGCCGUUCCAGUUCAAUGGAUGAGACUGGGGAGGUAAUCUGGUAUUUAGCCCUCUGUCUGCUUCUUGCCUGGCUAAUAGUUGGGGCAGCAUUAUCAAAAGGAAUCAAAUCUCAGGAAAGGGUUCGAGAUCGGUCAAAGGAAUCGACAAAUGCGGUGGUUUAUUUCACUGCGACAGUCCCUUACGUGGUUCUGACCAUACUCCUGAUCCGAGGGGUUACCCUGGAGGGAGCUUCUAAAGGAAUUGAAUUCUACAUCGGAAGCCAGUCAGACUUCUCCAGACUGGCUGAUGCUGAGGUCUGGAAAGAUGCUGCGACUCAAAUUUUCUUUUCUAUCUCAGUGGGUUGGGGCACUUUAGUAGCAUUGUCGUCUUACAACAAGUUCCACAAUAACUGCUACAGAGAUACCAUCAUUGUCUGUGUUGUUAAUUGUGCUACGAGUGUGUUUGCUGGAUUUGUCAUCUUCUCCAUCCUGGGACACAUGGCUCACAUACAAGAUAAGCCCGUUUCAGAGGUUGCCCAGUCAGGUUUCGGUUUGGUCUUCAUUGCCUACCCAGAGGCCCUUGCACAGUUACCGUGGGCACCAUUAUGGUCUGUUUCAUUUUUCUUCAUGCUGCUCACUCUGGGAGUUGACACACAGUUUGCAGGUUUAGAAACAGUUAUGACAGCCCUGCAAGACCAGUUCCCUACAUUGGUCCAAUCAAAGCGCCUUCUUCUGACAGCUGGUGUUUGUUCGUUAUUUUAUCUGCUUGGCCUUCUAUGUGUGACACAGGCUGGGAUUUACUGGCUAAAUUUAAUGGAUCAUUACGUUACGGACUGGAUUCUCGUUAUAACAGCUCUCCUGCAACUCAUCGGUCUCAGCUGGAUCUAUGGGACAAACAGAUUCAUCAAGGACAUUGAGAUGAUGAUUGGGGAAAGGACUUGGCUCUUCUGGCUGUGGUGGAGAAUGUGUUGGAUUCUGAUCUCUCCGUGUUUGCUGGUGGCAGUCUUAAUCUGGUCCUUGACAACAUUUGCCCCACUAAGAUAUGGAUCUGUUGAAUACCCUGUCUGGUCAGGAGCACUGGGCUGGUGUAUGACCAUCUUCUGUAUUAUGUGGAUCCCCAUCAUGGCUGUGGUGAGAGUUGUCCAAGCUGAGGGCCCCACCUUGUGGCAGGAAAUCUGCAUGGACUUCACUGACAUGGGGGCCAAGUGGCGCACGCCAGACCACUACAGGUUCCUCCUGGUGAUUGUGGACCAUUUUUCCCGGUGGGUGGAGGCGACGCCAAAGAAGGAGGAUGGGGAGGUAGUGGCCAACUGGCUGCGAAAUGAGUUGAUCCCCAGACAUGGGGUACCCAGACUCGUUUGUACCGAUAACGGCACCCACUUUAAGAACGAAACCUAG